GACGCCAGCGCGGCAGCCACAAUAAUGGCUCGUCCAGCCCUACGAGCAGUUACUACCACGCGACGCGGCUGACGAUCGGGACGGGCUCGGGACAUGGCUCGAGCCAGGCCAAGCAAACCAUCACCACGUCGUCCAAGGCGCUCAACGCGUUCCAGGAAGACCCGUAUCUGUGCUCGAAGCGGCUGCCGUACUCGUCCAUCACGUACAGCCGUAUGCUCUCGAAAGGCGCGUUUGGCGAGGUCUGGCUUGGCACGCUCGCCGACACCUCAUCACGCACGCGCCUCGUCGCCAUCAAGCGGAUCCUCGACGCCAAGCGCGCCGACCCCGCGGAGCUCGAGUGCUUUGCCAGCGAGAUCCGUCUCAUGGCGCUCUUCUCGCACCCCAACAUUGUGCACUUUCUCGGUUUUGGCUGGAACACGCUCCAAAACAUGUGUGCGGUCACCGAGUACCUCGAGAACGGCGACGUCUCGGCCUACUUGGCGGUCCAUUCGAACGUCGCGUUCGACGUCAAGAUUUCAAUCGGUCUUGGCGUGCUGCAUGCGGUCCAGUACCUCCACUCGCUGGACCCGCCCGUGAUCCACCGCGAUUUGAAGGGUCGGAACGUGCUCUUGAGCGACGCACUCGACGCGAAACUGAGCGACUUUGGCAUUUCCCGUCAACGGAUCGCCGAUGAAACCAUGACGGCCGGCGUCGGCACAGCGUUCUGGACCGCCCCCGAAGUGCUCCUCGGCCUCAAGUACGAUGCGUCCGUCGAUGUCUACUCGUUUGGCGUCAUCAUGACCGAGCUCGACACGCAGCACGCACCGUACGCUGACAUCAAAGGCGUGCCCAGCAUGCACAUUGUGCAAAAGGUGACGGGCCAAGACGGCGCCGUGACGCCGUUGCGACCGACGUUGACACGUGACGCGCCCGCGUGGUUUGUGGCGACGGCCACCGCGUGUUUGGACCGAGACCCGGCAAGGCGCCCCACGAUCUCGGAGCUGCGCGAUCAGUUCGCACAGGCACUUGCGCGCGGAUGCGCGAUUGUAACUUAA